AUGGAAUUCAAAGAUGGAAGACCGCGCUCGGAUCUAUUUUACGAUCAUUUAACACAUUUCUUGAGCGACAAUCCAUCUGCCAGUUGUGCCAAAGGAGGUCACGCAGCAUUCGCAUCAGCAGUUCAACGUUCACGACGUGGACGCAUCGCAUCGUCACAUUUUAUGACCUAUCAUACCGUGCUGAAAACAUCCUCAGAUUUCAUCAAUGCAAUGGCGAGUGCUCGGCGAGUGGCAUACAACAUCUCGAUUGUGCUCAACGAGGACAGGGAUGGUCGUUGUCCGGUGGAAGUGUUUCCAUACAGUGUGUUUUAUGUGUUCUACGAGCAGUACGUGUCGAUUGUGACCGAUGCAUGUGUUCAGCUGGUGCUGUCGUUGAUUGCCAUCUUCUCUGUAGCCACCCUACUACUCGGAUUGGAUCCGUGGUCAGCGUUCAUAAUUGAUCUCACGAUUGGAUGUGUUCUCUUCAAUCUGAUUGGUCUGAUGUAUUGGUGGAGUAUCGACUUCAACGCUAUCUCAGUUGUUAAUCUCGUUAUGUCUGUGGGUAUCUCAGUGGAAUUUUGCUCACAUAUAGUGCGUGCAUUUGCAAUCAGCGUUCACAGGAAUCGUCUGGAGAGAGCUCGACAUGCACUCUCCAACAUGGGAUCAUCUGUUUUGUCUGGCAUAACAUUAACAAAGUUUGGUGGAAUAAUAGUGCUUGCAUUCGCACAUUCACAAAUAUUCAAAGUGUACUAUUUUCGUAUGUUUCUUGGCAUUGUGUUAAUUGGAGCUGCACACGGUCUUAUAUUCUUACCUGUUCUCUUGAGCUUUAUCGGUUAG